AUGCCCGGAAAAGCAGCGGUGGCUGUCGCGCUACAGCCCGACACAAGCGUCGAGCCAGCAGCUAAGCAGAAGUCUUUCCCGUUUGUUCUAAAGAAGAUUAUGGACAUCCCACCUCCUAACAUUCUGGAGGAAUGCGACGACGAACUCGAGAAGGAGAAGCUCGGCUCAGCUGACGAUGUGGAGGGGGGCGGGGUUGCUGCAGCCAGUGCUGGUGGGGCUUCGAGGGGAGGCAGUGGGGGCAGCGCCGGAGGGGUGUCAGCCUCCUUGACCCCAGCUAUUUGGGAGAAGACCAUCCCCUACGAUGGGGAAACCUUCCAUCUGGAGUACAUGGACCUGGACGAGUUCCUUCUGGAGAACGGCAUCCCGGCCAGCCUGGAGGAUGAGGAGCUGCAGAAGACCCUGACACCGGCGGGAGGGAAAGGGAAGAGCACCCUGAAGGUUGCCGCCGCAGCCAGCGCAACGACAACGACGGCAUCACCGUCUCCUCCGCCUGUUCCCGACACUUCGACGGGAAGCCCGGAACCAGAGGAAGCGCUGACUGUCACUACGCUACUCCCUGCCAAAUUAGAGGACGAUGACGACGACGAUGAAGAUGAGGAUCAAGAAGAUGAGGCUUUGCUCCCUGAGGCAAAAGUUGCAGAAGUGAAAGAAAGCAAUCCUGGUACUGGAGAACGUAACACACCAUCUCCAAUCAACCCGGACGACAUCGAGGUGGAUGUAAACUUCCAGCCAGAUCCCACAGACCUGGUCCUUUCCAGUGUGCCGGGGGGAGAACUGUUUAACCCUCGUAAACACAAAUUCUCCGAUGAAGAGCUCAAGCCGCAGCCCAUGAUCAAGAAGGCCAAGAAAGUCUUUGUUCCUAAUGAACAGAAGGAUGAUAAAUAUUGGUCCAGGAGGAAGAAGAACAACCUCGCCGCCAAACGUUCCCGCGACGCUCGGCGCCUCAAGGAGAACCAGAUCACGGUGCGCGCUUCCUUCCUGGAGCGGGAGAACGCAGCGCUGCGACAGCAAGUGGCCGAGUUGCGAAAAGACUGCGGUCGCUGCAAGGCAACCUUGGCCCGUUACGAGGCCAAGUACGGUCCGCUGUAA